AUGCUCGAUGCAGAAGGCCCAAGCAAAGCCAAGGGCACAAGACCAGGAAAGGAGGAGAAAGAAGCAGACGAAGAAGACCAGCAGCGCCUCCUCACCUCCGACGUCCCGCAGAACCUCAUCAACCGGCUCUACCGCUUCCCGCUCAUCGUCCGCCGCGUCACCCAGCAGACAGGCAAGGGCAAGAUCCACCGCAUGUACACCCUCAUCGUCGUCGGCGACGGCAACGGCCUCGUCGGCUUCGGCGAGGGCAAGGACGAGGAGGCCCCGCGCGCCGCGGAGAAGGCGCUCGCCGAGGCCGUCCGCAACAUGGACUACGUCGAGCGCUUCGAGGACCGCACGAUCUGGACGGACAUGGAGGCCAAGCUCGGCGGCACGCGCAUUCUCCUCCGCCCGCGCCCGGUCGGCUUCGGGCUCCAGUGCAACCCGAACGUGCACCAGGUGCUCAAGGCCGCGGGCAUCAAGGACGUCAGCGCCAAGGUGUGGGGGAGCAGGACGCCGCUGAAUGUGAUCAAGGCGCUGUUUAGGAUGCUGCAUGCGGGUAAUGCGCCGCUCGCGAUGGGCGACGGUGUUGGCGGGCGCGGUAGGCGCAUGGAAAAGGGCUCGGGGCUGCGCAGCAAGGACGCGAUGGAGCGGGAGCGCGGGCGCAGGAUUGUUGAUCUGCGGACGUGGUAA